AUGGCGGGUCCUGCGUCCGAUGAAGUGGAGGAAUUCCUUGCAUCCUUAGCGGAUUACGUGCCAACCAUUCCUGACGAGCUCACCGGGCACUAUUUGCAGCGGAGUGGCUUCCAGUGUCCAGAUGAGAGAAUGACCCGCCUGGUGUCGGUUGCUGCUCAAAAGUUCAUUGGGGACAUUGUCAAUGAUGCGCUGCAGUACUGCAAGAUUCGUAUGCAGGCUGCCAGCAAAGACAAGAAAGAGAGGGGAUCAAAGCAGCUCGUCUUGACCACCGAAGAUCUUGCCGCGGCUCUGAAAGAGUACGGAGUCAACAUCAGCAAGCAGGAGUACUACGCUGAUUCGCCCCAAGCUGGCACCACUGUCACUACCAAGGACAAAACAAAGUAGCCAGCACAGUUGAGAAAGCAGAGGGGCAGUACUUUUGAAGCCCGUCAGCUUUCAUUAAGUAAUAGGGGCUUUACAUAUCAAAGAGCAGCGCAUCAAGCAUUGAUGGCCAUAGUUUUGUGAAUCAUUCCGGUUUUGGGUGCACAUCGGUAGCUGUUCCAGCGGUCAUACAUGAUGGAUCUCAGCGCCCUCGCAGAAGCACUACCACCGCUGGAUCAAGGUGAUGUGACCUUAGUUGUUUGUGAGGGUCCCGAUGGUUUCCCGGAGAAGCUGCUG